AUGGCCGGCCAGCUCGCUUAUCUCGAAAAACCUCCUCUCCCCUAUGUACCCGGCCAACGCUUUACCGUCCGCGCGCACAGUCCGCUGUCUCUCCUCCCACCGAAAAGGGGGGAGUAUGACUUGAGCCCGGAGGCUAACAAGGAACGAGAAAGGCUCUCUCCCCUUCAGCGGUGUCUCUUACAUCCACCGAAUGGCGGGUCGUUUGGGGAAUCUACCGUUGAGUUUGAGAUCUCGCAUGGGAUCCGACAUGGCAAGGAUCAUUUCUCCCAGAUUGUCGCCGUCAACAUUCUAGCAACCUCCUCCAAAAGCCCGAAAGCCCUGCAAAACGUCACCAACGCAGUGGCCAAGAUCUACGACCCUCUGUAUAUCGACCACUUUGACGACGACCAUGACCCCUUUGUGUAUGUUGAGCGUGGCUAUGCAACCAAGGUAGCCGUGUACAAGCGACUUGCCAGCCUCCAAGGCACAGUGAUUCCCAUUCUCUACGGAUCGUAUGCACUUGACCUCCCUAUUGACGGAUCAACUCGCAGCGUUCGCCUCAUCUUGAUGGAGCAUGUCCAAGGCCUUUCUAUGAUGUAUCUCAAACCGUAA